UAAAAAUAAAUAAAUCAUAGAAGUACUUGCUUAAUUUACUCAAGAGCCAAGAGUUGGCCACUUCCUCUUUCCAGCCAAACCGCACCCUUGCAUGAUAUCCCCACAUAUUUUUUUAAAAAAAUACAUCACGCUACGCUUCCCAAUAUUCUUUCCCAUUUUUUCCUCUUGCAAACUUCCUACUGUUUGUCAAUGGCAACCCAUGAAUCCAGUAAACCCGAGAUCAUGCGAGACAUAAAAACCCGGCCACCCCACCCUACUCCGGGCCGUCAACAUCGACCCACAACUUCCCGACAACCUCCCCAUCCAAGACAACCACCUCCAACCCGACCCACAACCCGAAUCUCUCUCUCAAAACUCCUAAAAGUAACAUCCGUCGCCGGUGGAAUCCAAUUCGGGUGGGCUUUACAGCUCUCUCUUUUAACCCCUUAUGUUCAAGAACUCGGUAUUCCUCACGCUUUUGCUAGUAUCAUAUGGUUAUGCGGGCCAGUUUCCGGGUUUAUUGUUCAACCGUUAGUGGGUCAUCUUAGUGACCGGUCCACAAACCGGUUCGGUCGUCGUAGACCGUUUAUUAUAAUCGGUGCGACGCUUAUUAUCGUCGCUGUAUUAAUUGUCGGAUUUUCAGCUGAUAUUGGGUAUUUAAUGGGCGAUAAAGUUGAUGGUGGAGAGAGAACAAGGCCUAUGGCAAUUGUAGCGUUUGUGAUCGGAUUUUGGUUGCUUGAUGUUGCUAAUAAUACUAUUCAAGGUCCUUGUAGAGCUCUUCUUGCUGAUCUUACUGGAAAGGAUCAUAGAAGAAACCGAGUAGCAAAUGCUUACUACUCCUUGUUUAUGGCCAUUGGAAAUAUUCUUGGGUUUGCCACAGGCUCAUACUCUAGCUGGUACACUGUUCUUCCAUUCACGCUCACUCAUGCUUGUAGUGAAAGUUGUGCCAAUCUCAAGUCAGCUUUCCUUAUAGACAUUAUCUUCAUAGUAAUCACGACUAUUAUAAGUAUCACGGCUGCCCACGAAGUUCCAUUGAGUGUAAUAGAUGGAGCCACUGGUAUAUCGAAUGGGUCUCGACAAUCUAGCCAUGAUCAAGAGGCCUUCUUUUGGGAACUGUUUGGAACUUUUAAAUAUCUCCCUGGAUCAGUUUGGAUUAUUCUUUCAGUUACUGCACUAACAUGGGUUGGGUGGUUUCCUUUUCUUCUUUUUGACACUGACUGGAUGGGUCGGGAGGUUUAUGGUGGUAAUCCAGAUGAAGGUCAACUUUACCACAGAGGAGUUAGCACCGGUGCUCUUGGCCUGAUGUUGCAGUCAGUUGUUCUGGGUUUAACUUCAGUAUUGAUGGAAAAGCUAUGCAAGAAGUUAGGUUCUGGACUUUUAUGGGGCAUCUCUAACAUUAUAAUGUCAUUGUGUUUUGUAGCAAUGCUUGCCAUAGCUUUUGUAAAUAGCAAACUGGAUUCCUUUGGUUCUGAUAGGCCUCCAAGUGGUGCCAUCAUUGCUGCAAUGAUUAUUUUUACGAUUCUGGGUAUGCCACUAGCGGUCACUUAUAGCAUCCCCUAUGCACUCAUUUCCUCUAGGAUCGAGUCUUUGGGGCUUGGACAAGGUUUAUCGAUGGGUGUGUUAAAUCUUGCAAUUGUGGUUCCUCAGGUGAUUGUAUCCUUGGGAAGUGGGCCUUGGGAUCAACUCUUUGGAGGGGGGAACUCACCAUCUAUAGCUGUGGCAGGAGUUGCCUCAUUUGCUAGUGGACUCAUGGCCAUUUUGGCUAUGCCUCGAUCUAGAAGUGAUAAAACCAGAGUUCAGGUGAUGCAUGUAUGAGGUAAUUAAAUGUCCGAUUUUUGUAUAACUAUUCAUGAAUAUGAGAGCAUGAAUGGCAUCUUUUCAAACAAGAGAAUUUGUACAUAAAGAUAAUUCUAUUUAUUAUAAAUAAAUAUGUUUCACUUUCAAA